AUUUUUUCUUCCUUUCCGUCCCCUUCCUCUUCCCGCUGACGCUGCAUAGCUGCGUGUCUGGCGCGUUUGUGACUUUGUUGAAAGUCUGUCCUAUACUGGUAUACCAGUUGUAACGACUUGUAGGUUCUGUUCAAUUCCUCGUGUCCUCCAAGUUUCCUAUCUUCAUUAAUCCAACCAUUCAUUGUUCAGUAUACCCUCUCCUACUGAAGGACGAACUAAAGGUCGUCCUCGACUACUAUCAUUCACGCGACCCUCAUUGUAACUUCACGCCACGCUACAUUAAUUCCCCCACGAACUUGAAUGAUGUUACAAUCCCUCCUUGCAAGCGGGGAAGAUCCUCUUCAUGUCUUAUGUCUUCAUUUCAACGUGCAAAAGAUUAUACCUGGAUACUUCUCUCCCGCCGACAUGUCAGAGACGCUCGACUUCCCUGUCUUACAUGACUCUCGCAUGCCUACACACGUCUUAGCCUUGUUUCCUCCUUCUCACAACCAGUCUUCCAUCGCCCGACCGUUAAUUGCGCCCGUCGACGCUGACUUGUAUAAUCAAGGCUUCAGGGUCGACCUUAUUCCUCCGCCGCCACCGGGUUCGACUCGACCCGUUCCCCACUCCACACCGCAAGGACUCUACGUUUCUAUACCCCUCGUGCUCCCACUCACGACGGUCCCGCACCCGCCGUCAAUGUCUCUUCUCCUUCUCUUCGCACUUGGGCUCGAAACGAAUAUCAACGAUCUCGCUUUUCGCAUACUACCUGUGUCCGUAGUAGAGGAGUUCCCCAACGCGGCAGCAAUGGCCCAGGUUAUGGUAUCUCUAAGCGAGGAGGAGUUUGAACGGAGGUUCCAGUUUAAUAUUGGCCUCUGGAAAAACGUCCUUGGACUGGGGGUCACGAAUAACCGGGUCGUCGAGGUCAUACGCUUGGCCUUUAAUGUCACGGCCGAGGCAAGAAGAUUAAGAAGCCGGCAAUUGAACGAAUGAACGACCACCAUACCUUAUAUUAUCACGAGCCUACCUUUGGCACUACUAUUGCUACAGAGGUCUUGUUUUUGCUACUGUCCUUUCUCGUUUCAUCUCAAUCGUCCAUAUUAUACCAGCUUUCUUAAUGAUUUCCUCUCGCUUUCAGCAUACAUGAGUACUUACUACCUCGCUAACGCUUUCUGAUGAAUAUCUCCCCACCCUUAUAAGAUGUCCUGAUUGAUCACUGUAGCUGUACUUUCCAUUUGCCGUAAUUCACUAAUCAACUGUUUUGUAGGUCUGGGAAUAAAUUCUUCUAGUCCGA